AAGAGCCACUCACAGAGCGGGUCUCCCCUGUGAGAUGCGACUAGCCCAGGAGGCCAGAGCCCAGCGAGCCCCGCGGCCGGAGUUCCCGAACCCGCAGGUGCUUCCGGGUGCCGGGAAGGAGGAGGGAGCAGGGAGGAGCGCUCGCCCGAGCCCCGUCCCGCCUCCACCCCGCGCGCAGCGGGGCGCCGGGUCUCAGGUUCUCCGGGCUGCGCCGCAACGAUGCGGACGGCAGCAGGCGAUAAUGCGUACUUCCAGAGGGGCAGUCUGUUCUGGUUCACCGUCAUCACCCUCUCCUUUGGGUAUUACACGUGGGUUGUCUUCUGGCCUCAGAGUAUCCCUUAUCAGAGCCUCGGGCCUCUGGGCCUCUUCACUCAGUACUUGGUGGACCAUCAUCAUACCCUCCUGCACAAUGGGUAUUGGCUUGCCUGGCUGAUUCACUUGGGAGAGUCCUUGUACGCCAUGGUUUUGUGCAAGUCUAAAGGCAUCACGGAUGGUCGGGCUCAACUACUCUGGUUCCUACAAACUUAUCUCUUUGGAAUAGCAUCUCUCUCCAUCUUGAUAGCUUACAGACCAAAACGCCAAAAACAAACUUAAAGAAGAUAUCCAAAAGCUUUCUUUACACUUUUGACAUUCAACUUCACUGUUUUGGGGGUGGGGGAGAUGCUGGGGGAUGCUGAGUUUACUUGAUCUUUCUCCUUUCCAGAAAUUUAAGACCUUCUAGUUAUUCAUUAUUCUUUCAUACGCUCUGGUUGAGCUUGACUAGAUGAUAGGAAAGGAUUUAAGCUUCCCAGUUCUGCAGACUAACCUGUUUGGCUGAGGGCUUCCAAGCUACCUGCUUGAGGUCCUUGGCCAUGUUGGUGCUCCUUGUAUCAUCUGGUUUAAGCUGUGUACUAAAACUGCUUGUUGGUAUAACUUUGCUCCCACCUUCUGACUAAGACACCUUACCCUUACCACCCCAUCUUAGCUCUCCUUUCCCCCAAUUUUUUCCACCUUUCUGAACCAAGACAGAGUGACAUUUCCCCAACACAUCAAUUCCACGUACACUAGGCACCUGGGAAGCAGGAUCUUAUCCUCUCCGACUUCCAUUUCUCACACACCAAGAAAGAUAAGAUAAGCAAGUGCCUGGAAUGGGCCAGGCCGAGCAGUACCCUAGAGGCACAGAGGACACGCUGAGUACCUAGAGGAGAGGAUCCGGAACGCCUUCCCUGAUAGAGCCAGCCAGAAGCCAUCCUGCCCUCCCCUCAGCCCCGAGGACACAGCACUGUGGUGUGCAGGGGUCUGAUGGCCACUGCUAGAUGGCUGUUUCCGGUCAGGACCACAUCUUAGCUUGAUUUUUGUUUUCAGCACAUGUGCCAUUGCCUUGCACACAGGUGUUCUGUCAGUGUUUUCUGAACCGCAGACCGAAACUGAAUUAGCUUGCCAUUCGUUCAGUAUCGUUCCAGUUGUUAUCUGGAAACUGUAGAACCCACUCAGUGUAGUCUCUUCUCAAAGAAGAGCCCAGAACUGCCCUUGAUUGGUGGUACCCCCUUCCUGUGGGUCCCCUGGUAGGAAACCUGUGUCUUUUUCACACCUGCCUAUUCUUAGUCAUUUUCUCCAGACUCUGUAACAUCUCCCUCCAGCUCCAGCUUACUUAAACACAGACGUUCCUGAGCCAGAGAUCCUAACUGGAAGCUAGUGACUACCUCUCCCAUUCACCUGACUAGACCUUUUUCCUAGUGACUGGUCAGGGCAGGAGGGUCACUGACUGUGUCCCCUGACCUUGGCAGAGUGACUGUCACCUAGGAGCCAUUAGGGCUCCUUUCUUGGAGGACCACCUAGGCAGUCCCUAGUUCUCUAGGGACUAGACCUUAUUUUCCUUCUAUGAUGCAGUAGGGUACGUUCUCUAUGUUAAGCAAACAUUUAUGGGAGAGACAGCCCCUUCGCCCCAAAAAGAGACCGCAAGUAAAAGUACAACCCUGAAUGAUUAUGGGCUAUGAAUUGUUUCUGGUGGAGAUGGUUCCUACAAACUUAUCUCUUUGGAAUAGCAAAAUCUUUUUUUUUUUUUUUAAAGAUUUUAUUUAUUUAUUUGACAGAGAGAGAGAGAUAGCGAAAGAGGGAACACAAGCAGGGGGAGUGGGAGAGGGAGAAGCAGACUUCCCGCUGAGCAGGGAGCCUGAUGCGGGGCUCGAUCCCAGGACCCUGGGAUCAUGACCUGAGCCGAAGGCAGACGCUUAACGACUGAGCCACCCAGGUGCCCCAAAUAAAUAAAAUCUUAAAAAAAAAAAAUAUAUAUAUAUAUAUAUAUAUCAAGGCUUUUUUCAUUGAUAAUGUAGAAUGCCCUAAUUGUAGGGCAUAUUGCCCCUCGUUAUGCUUAUAGAGCUGCCCAGAGCCCACCUCACUCCACGCACACUGAGUCAUGGGUGGACAUGAGUGUCUCCUUUCAUUGUAGGAUUUGUCUUCCUUUUGUUUUUAUUUAUAUUUCAUUCAGCAUCUGAUACAGUCAAUGCAGCAAGUGAGAGGAGCAUUUUUACUUUUUAAAUGCCAAAAGUAUAAAAUCCUAUCAUGACUUACAGCAAAUGGUGAGGGUCAUUUUAUAGCCCCAUAAACUGCAUCCCAUCGAGGUGAAGUAACCCCACAUCACACAGAGGCCAGACUCCAACUGGAUCUUGUGUUUCUCCCAUCCUCCGCAGCCUAGGAGCGUAGAAGUUAAGUCUGUGAAGCAAAAAAGAACAGAAAAAUGGAGACAUCGUCUUCGUGCUGAAGCUAUAAUGGUGACAUGGGAGAAACAUCUUUGUUGAGUUCAGAUGAGAAAAAGCCAGAAGCCUCUCGAUGGAAGCAACCGUGGAAGGCAGACAAACUAUAAACAGUUUUCUUACCUCCUGCCCCUACCCUGAAGAUGUCAGGAGCAUGUAUAGUUUGGAAGAACAAAAAAGGACUCCUGGAAAAACCCACAACUAAUGACCUCAGCAUUUCAACAGUAACAGGCCAGUGUGCAGUGUUUCCUCGUAAACAUCCCGCUUGUUCAGGACCCCAUGCAAUCCACAUCUAAACAUGUUUUUAAAGCCAUGGUUUUAAAACAAGGCUUGGGCUUAAGAGGUCAUGUUCCAGAUGUGUAAAGAGGUUCUUGAGCAAAACAACUUGUUUUGAGAGCCCUACGUAUUUGCACGGAGGGCCUGAAAACAAACAAAAAAGUUGGAGAACCUGCCGUUGAGAUUAGAGAACACAGUGCAGUCACAUUUUUAUCUUUGCCUGGGCCCUUCCUGGAGCCUUGUUAAUCAAAGCUCUUUGGUUCGCAUAAAUAUCAUUUAUCCCAUUACUUGAUUGGCACAGGCAAAAAGAUGCUAGUGGGGCAGCUGAGUAAUAUAUUUGUAAAGGUGUGAGACCUCUCGCUGCAAGACUGCUUAUCCACAUCAAAUUGGGAAUUAACUGUUCUCUCUUUAUCAGUUCUCUCUUUAUAAUUACAGAGACUGUAAUUAUUUCACAUUUCUCUAUGAAGAAGAGAUCUAUCCUGAUUCCACAGUGGGCACUUGAAAAUCAUAUUCAAAAUACUGUAUAUGUAAUUUCUUCUUUUUAAAUUUAUUUGUUAGCAAGAAUGCACAAGCAGGGGUAAGCGGCAGGGAGAGGGAGAAGCAGGCUCCCCGCUGAGCAAGGAGCCCGAUGGGGGAAUCCCAGGACCCUGGGAUUAUGACCUGAGCUGAAGGCAGACGUGUAAGUGACCGAGCCACCCAGCUGUUGUCUCCCAUAUUUGUAAUUUCUAUAAACAUUUUAAGAUGGCUCCUAAACUUUUUAAAUAGGGUUGAGUAUAUCGAUUGUCUUAUUUUUGUUUGCAGUGAAUCAUGAAGGUGGAUUAGGGAAAAUGUCUUUGGCACCCUGAUACUGUUCAGGGAAAUGUUUAUGACAGUGUCAGGGGUGGGAGAGUCUGCGUCAUAUGUAUGAAUGGAGGUCUCGAUCCUUGGAUUCCCAUGAAAAGAUUUACGUGGGGCUCCAUGCUCCCAUAAAGACAGCCAGCAGGAAAGGAGCAAGCACCGAGCAGUUUAUUUUUUUUAUUUUUUAUUUAUUUAUUUUUAAAGAUUUUAUUUAUUUAUGUGACAGAGAGAGACACAGCGAGAGAGGGAACACAAGCAGGGGGAGUGGGAGAGGGAGAAGCAGACUUCCCGCUGAGCAGGGAGCCUGAUGCGGGGCUUGAUCCCAGGACCCUGGGAUCAUGACCUGAACCGAAGGCAGACGCUUAAUGACUGAGCCACCCAGGUGCCCCCACCGAGCAGUUUAUUAAUGGGAGAGGAAACAGGUACCUCGGAGUGUUUGUUUAGGAAUUGGAUAUUAUUGGGUCUUUCUGGGCUGGGAAGAGCUGUGAAGUACAGUGGGGUGGUCUUUAAAGGAGGCUUCCUCCAAACUUUUGCAAAACUCCUCCCACAGGUUGGGAGGGGAAGUUUUUGACCCUGCAAGCUUGGUCCCAGAAUGGUCAGGGCAGCCUUUCUCCAUGGAUGGGGCUGUACUUGCAAUGCAAAUGAAUUAUAAUAAGUCUAGGGGUUGCCCUGGGGCAGAGAUGGAAGAGGAGAGCGCAUGUUCUGCAGGUGUGGCUCUUGAUCUAUCAGGUCCAAGGUCUUGGAAGCCACAGGUUGGGAUGGUUGAGCUCCCAGGCUUACAAUGUGUAGCAUUUUUUAAAUCACCGUCCCUGCCUCUGGCUCUAGUCUCUAUCAUUCCCCUUCAAGGAUUGGGAUUCUGCUUCAGGGCGUUUUUUCCACUGCUCAGAUCUAGCUUCUAUCUAACAAAAGAACUUUCACUUUUUCUUUGUACCAAGCUGUUGCACGAGAUGUUCCUAGUAAACAGAAAUUCGUUAAUAAAAAUUGCCACUAAAA